AUGGCCCUGACGCCUACGCUCGUCGAAGACAACUUGAGAGCGGAAGCAUGCGAACGCAGACAGUGUGCGCUGAUAGGCGAGCACACAGACAUCCAGAGGCUGCUGCUGGCGCAUGGGGCAAACAUGCUGCGAUGGGGGUUUGAGCUUGUUGAUCUACCUCCCCUGCAAAAGCCCCUGGACAUGAGGAAAAGUGCUCAGAGCGAGGGAAGCUACCCCUCAACAGCAACCAGCAGCGAGCAAUCGAUGGGUCUGGACAGCCCGCAUGCGCGCCACGCCGCUGACAUCAGCGGCCAGGCUGUCGGGUUACCUAAGCGCGCGUCAUCGGCGCCGCUGGACGGCAGGACCCGGCUGCCCGGCCUGCACCUGGGCAGGCUCAUUGGGCUGGGCAGCUUUGGCAAGGUCUACAAGGGCACAUGGGAAGGCAGGACGGUGGCAGUGAAGGUCAUGAGCCACGAGGGCAGCACAGCCAACCUGCUAAAUGCACGCCACGAGUCUCUGGUAGCAGAACACGUCCAGCACGAAAACGUGAUCGUCACGCGGAACCCCCCGCCAAGCGCAGCGUCUCCAAUUUCAGGGCCAAUGCUGACGCCAUCCGCGCUGACAUCAUCGCUGCUGGCAUCAUCCCCGCUGACGUCACCGCUGCUGACGUCACCCUUCGAGGUGACACUCCGGAAGGCAGCCUCCAGCGGCCUGGAUGACAGCGUGGAGCCGCUGACUCAGCUCGCUCGGCGCAUGUCCCUGGAAGCUGACCUGUACAACCGCCAGCGAGUGGACCCCAAGUGGCGCAGCAUCAGCCUUGGGGAGCCAGUGCCAAAAAUGGUGUGCCCUGACAGCCUGGCGGCAGCGAGUGCGGAGCGGUCCAGGAUGUCUUACUUGACUGCAGACUUACAUUCAUCAGACAGCAUUGAGGAGGCUGAUGUGAUCGUGGAGACCCUGCUCCUGAUGGAGCACGCUGAUCUGGGCUCCCUCAACAAGUACAUGGUUUCAGCAUGCUUCAAGGACAACAUGGUAGCGCUGCUCAUGUGCGCGUUAGACAUUGCAGCUGGCAUGAGCUACCUGCACUCCAUCAAUCUGCUGCACGGGGACUUGAAGACAGCCAAUGUGCUGCUCAAGAGCUGCCCCCCAAGUGACGGAAAUCCCCGCGGCUUUACAUGCAAGAUCGCUGAUUUUGGCCUGUCGCGACUGGUGUCAGAGGGCAAGACACACGUCUCCACAAACUCACAUGGCACCAUCGCGUACGUUGCGCCCGAAGUGCUGCAGACUGGAUCAAUGGCAAGGCCGGCGGAUGUGUACAGCUUUGCUAUGCUGCUCCUGGAGCUGUGGGAGGGAGAACUGGUCUACAGGGGCAUCAACACCCACGAGGUGCUCUUCCAGGUGUUUGGCGGCCACAAGCCGGAGGUCCCGGGCGACAUGCCGGGGCAGUACCGCAUGCUGAUGGAGGACUGCUGGGCCACCGACCCGGCCGCGCGGCCGACCUUCCCGGCAAUCCUCGACCGGCUGCGGCCUAUGCUCGCCCAUGCGCACUCCGUCGCCGCCGCCUUGGACGCCGACGGAGAGCCUCGCGGCUUCAACCCUGCCGCAUGCCCGAACUUCCUGGCAAGCCUUGGCCGGCUGCGCGUUGUGCUUUUCAAUGCGCGCGCGGCCGCCGCCGCUCCGGCCGCCACCAAAGCCGGCCCUGAAAUGUCCUAA